AUGUAUUAUUAUGAUGUUACAGUAAGGGGCAGUAGGACUGAUUCCUGUCUCAGUUUUGUUCGGGUGGAGUUUAAUGGGUGUGUGCUGGGAGACUCACAAAAACUGGACGUUCCUGUGGACAAAGAUGUGGUUUACAACUUCACCUGUAGUUUUGAGUGCUCAGAAGUGGCACAUACACUGGAUGAUGUAGCUCAUAAACCUGUCAUACUAACGGUGUUCGAGAUCUUACCAAAAGAGAAAAAACAAAAAGAGGAGAAAACCACUGUACUAGGACAAGCCGUCGUGGAUCUACUGCCACUGCUGCGAGGUCAGUGUAGCUUCUCAUCCACCGUGCUUCUUCACGCGGUGCCCGGAUCACCGGCAGACGUUGCUGUACAUGAGGAUGGCGUAAAAUCCACACUCGAUGUGACGGUGCAUGUUCCCGAGCCGUUGCUCUCUGAUGCCCAGCGCUCUGACUCUAAUGUGCUGAUGGUCACUGUGGAGACGGCGUAUUCUGUUCCCGACGUCUGGAAUCCUGCCUCCACACCUCCAUCCCACUAUAUAGCUGCCCUGCAGAUGCCCGUCUCAGCUACGAAAGAGCAAGUCUUGUUAUUCUCCAAUGGCGUCUUAAAAAUGGGUGGUGAGAAGGAGCCAGUGCCAAGACCCAAAAAAUGGCCAUUGGGGUCUCUUCUCGCACCAGGGGCCGAGGUCAUUCAGGGCCUUUAUAUUGAUGCAGAACCCACAGACACGGAUCACGGAGACCUUACUGACAUAGAGGACAAGGAUUUCAGAGCAGAUGCUGAGUGUAACCAGAAAAGAGUGAGCUGGGAUACGGCACAUCGUUGCUUUAUUGAUGCGGGAGGUGUGGCCUGUCUUUCCCGCAGGAUUGCAGAAUGUAGAUUGUGGCCUGUUGAGAUCAUGAAGGCCAUACAGACGGCACCAACCAAAGGUGGGAAGACAAGACAGGGGGAGGAUGAGGUACAGAUCUCAUUCCACGGAGUGGUUUACAUGGAUCUGGUGCCGUUAUUGUACCCUGGAGUGCAGCGUAUACACGGGGUGUACCGAAUCUACCCCUUUUACGAGUCUGAUCUGCUGAAUAAGACUCAGAGGACCUACAGUGUUUUGAAGGAGUUGAGCAGAACACCGGCAGCACUGAGCCGAAAUCGAGCCAAUUCCUCCGUCAACUCCUUAAAGGCUUUUCAGAGUAAAACCAUGGAGAACCAAAGAGGAAACAACGAUGUUUCCAAAAAGCCGGAUUCCCAGGGAAAAUGUGCUCAGACUGACAGCGUGUCUGGACUGGAGCCUCAGGUGAACACUGAGGGACAGAUGUACGCCGAUUCAAGAUCGUACAUUAUUAUUGAAAUUGCUGUGGAAAAGCCACUGGCUCCAAAGAGACCGCCGGAGGAGCUGGCCAAACGGGUGAUGGAGCUGGUUCCUCCCAGACCUCCACUGCCUCGACGGCCAGCAGGAGCAGAAAGAUGCAACGACAUGAGGUACUCUGUGGUGCGGAUCGUAAGAGAGAAGAUGUUGAGGACAGAGGCUUUCUCAGACCCUGAACAGCUGCAAGCGUUCCUGAGUCAGUUAUACGUGUUCCUGGUGGACGAGAUGCAUGCUGCUCUUAAUAAGACUCUGUCAGUGGACUCUCAGGACGCUCAUCAGGAGCCUGUCCUGAGCUGUGCUCAACUCAAACACUUCGCCAGAGAGGCCGAACUCAACACAGACUACCAGCUGGCAGCACAGUACUAUCAGGAGUGUUUGAUUCAAGAGCGCAGCGAGCCGUCGCACUGGUGUGAUUAUGGAGCGUUUCACAUGCUGACCGCUGACCACCUGAAGGCAGAGGAGUGCUUUCAACAGGCCUUAUCCAUCCAGCAAACACACAUACCGAGUUUGCUCAUGUGCGGCGUGCUGUCAGAGAUGAACGGACGCUAUGAGGACGCCGAGACCUUCUUUGAAAGGGCGACUUGUGUGGAGCCCAACAAUGUGGUCGCCUGGGCUUUGUUUGGUAUAUUCUGCCAGACUCAGGAGAAGUGCAUAGAGGCAGAAAUGGCUUUUCGGGAAGCUAAUAAGCAGCUUAAUGCAGUCCUGCUGAAUGAAUCAGCAUCUAGAGCAGAAAUAACCUCAGACACUCAGUCUGGUCAGAAGAAGGACCAGAAAGAUGAAAGCAGUGAGACUCCAGCUGGAAACACAGAGGAGACAGGUGGCAAUACAGAUGAAGCCGAUGCUGUGCAUGAAGAAGACCGGCCACAGAAUGACCAGGAGAGCAAACAGGAAGUACAACAGCAAAUUCCCCCAACCAGCGUCCAGACCACUAUCUACAUGGAGACAGUGUGGUUUCUCCUGCAGAACUACGCAUUACAGAUGGCCCAGCGUGCUCUGGCUCUAGAGCUGCUGUCUCCAGACAGAGGCACCAUCAGCUCGUAUCACCUCGCUCUCGCCAAACUACACCUGCUGAGAGGAGAACACAACAGCGCCGAGGCCAGCCUGAAGGAGGCGCUGACCGACAACUUCCAGAAUCCAGACAUAUGGGCCCUGUGGGGUCACUUGCAUUACGAGAAGGGCGAUUACUCUCAGGCUCAGAGCUGCUAUGAACGGACGCUGGAUUCUGUGCUGGACGCCUCAGACACACACUCCAUCUACCUUCGCUUGGGCUCCAUCUAUCUGCAGAAAGGAGAAUAUGAAAAAGCCAGACCUGUAUUCCUGCGUGCCUGCAAACGCUCGCCAUCAUGUCUUACUUGGCUCAGACUGGGAAUCGCCUGCUAUAGACUGGAGGAGCUGACUGAGGCUGAAGAGGCGCUGACUGAAGCCAACGCACUGAAUAACAGGAAUCCAGAGGUGUGGGGUUACCUGUCGCUAGUCUGUUUACGGACUGGCAGAAAACUAGAGGCAGAGCAGUCAUAUAAAUAUGCCCUAAAGAUGAAUUUGCAAGAGGAGUCACUUCUAGAGGAGAUUCACGAGCUGCAGUCACGUGUUGGGUUUGGGAACCCUUCCUUCUGAUCGGUCUUAUCCACAUGAAUGUCAUUUUCAACUAU